UAUGGGGGAAAACAGCCCAGUGCAUUAUGGGAAAAAAAACCCGAAGCCAGCCGGGGUGAUCGUAACCAUAGCGCUGAAGUGAGUCCGUGAGUUCCAUUCACAACAACACACCCGCUCCACACAGGACGAUGAAACGGCACCAUGCAACACAUGUUCCUCAUGAGAAUGGACACAAUGCACAGUCGAAACCUCAGAUGCCACGGUCUGAUGUCAUGAGAAGUCGUUCGUUCGGCAGUCAACGGUUCACGGCCAGGCGACGCUGCCGUGCGCUUCGUUUUAUAAGACGCAUGUGUGUCACUGUUAAUCUGCUAAUCUCGCAUCCUGUGGGGAUUGUGAGCUCAUCUAGAAUGCCGUAAGAAGAUUGGAGUGUCUACUACUGUGAGUGUAGAGGCCACCACGUCACGGCGCAGAGGGAUGUGAAGGAGCGCUCGACAUGGACGUGUGGCGGACCUUCUGAGACCAGGGCGACCUCUGGCACCACGACAUGGACACGGCGCACAAUAGAAAGAAAGCUGCUGCAGAUGGCCAAGAGAAUGCCCCUCUGUUGGUGCCAUGUCAGACUCACAGUAGGGCCGAGGACUGUGUACAGCCAAGAAGACUGAUCACCAUGGAGGUGCCCAGUAACCAGAACCUACACCGGGAGCUUCUUCUCAGUCACAAACGUGGUCUUCUACUGGAGGAGAAACCUGAACUCAAGCGAGUUCUGGAGCAGCGAAGACUGGAGCUGCACAGAGAGGAAGAGCAGGCUCAGCGACAACCCUCUGAUCUGGAAACAGAACUGCGCAAGAGACAGCAGAAACUACAAGAGUAUGAGCAGGAGGAGAUCAGGCAGAGGGAGAGUCAGCAGAAGGUUCCUGAAUUUGUUCGGGUGAAGGACAACCUGAGACGCACGUCGGAGCAGUAAAGCCCCUGCAGCGUCUCGCCACCGCAUCCAAACGUCUUCAUCCAGACUAGAUUUAGACCGUUAGCAUCUUUUUUUGGUUUUGACUUGUCCAUUUAUUCAUGAACGUUUGCUCUAUUUGAGGCACUAUUGUACUGAUAUUUUGUAUGUUUGUACCGUUUCAAACUGAUGUCAUUUGAGAGAGGCCACGUUCUUGAAGGACGACUCCCGUCACUGAAGCUUUUUACUGACCUGAGGCUGACCAUUGUCUGCAGAGGAAAUAAACUCCGAG